AUGAAAUACGCUUUAAAAUACACAAUUAAGAAAAUUCAGAAAGAGAAGAGCUACGAGCAAGAAUGUUAUGUUCAGAACACAGCAAGAGAAUACGCCAAGAUCUAUGCUGCCGAAACACAACCUCUCGAAGGCUUUGGAGAAGUACCUGAAAUCAUUCCUAUUUUCCUUAUUCAUCGGCCCAAGAAUAACAUCCCUUAUGCAACAGUGGAACAGGAACUCAUUGGAGAAUUCGUGAAAUACUCUGUUAAGGAUGGGAAGGAAAUAAACUUCAUGAGAAGAGACUCGGAAGCUGGCCAGAAAUGUUGCACGUUUCAGCACUGGGUGUAUGAAAAAACCAAUGGCAGCUUGCUUGUAACAGAUAUGCAAGGUGUAGGAAUGAAACUAACGGACGUUGGCAUAGCAACACUAGCCAAAGGGUACAAAGGUUUCAAAGGCAAUUGCUCCAUCUCUUUUAUCGAUCAGUUUAAGAUUCUCCACCUGUGCAACAAAUAUUGUGAGAUGUUAGGACUGAAACCCCUUCAAAGCAGUAGUCUGAAACAGAAAAAGGCCGCAGUCUCCAGAAUCAAGGCGCAAUCCAAUCCAACCGUUGCAAAGAAAAGAUUGGUCAAUGCGCAGACUUCCAAAAAAACAUAA